AUGAAUGGAGGCACUGGCGUUCAGCCACUAUCGACCACGAUCAUGGGUACGGCUUAUUAUUUUCUUGUCGAGUUUUCUGAACUCCUGGAGAAAUAUAUAAGCAGGCAAAGUUGCCAAUCAGCAAACAGUGAUGAUGAUGAUGAUGAUGAUGAUGAUGAUGAUGAUGAUGAUGAUGAUGAGACGAUAAUGAUGAUGAUGAUGAUGAUGAUGAUGAUGAUGAUGAUGAUGAUGAUGGUUAAUGAUGAUGAUGAUGAUGAUGAUGAUGAUGAUGAUGAUGAUGAUGAUGAUCGAUGA